UAUGCGCAUGCGUCCUAUGAUGAUUUCAUGUUGUAUGUGUAUGUCAUGCAUGAAAACCGAGUGGAAGAGAAGAGGUAAUUGACAUCGCGUCUAUAUAAUUUGUCAUCGCAAGUGUUUAACAAGUUCUGUCAAAGAGAACAAAUUAUUAUCCAAUGCGUUCGCAAAGCUACGCAAAAAUUAAACUCAAAAUUCCAUCGCUCAUCGCAGGGACUAGAACGGAAAUAAAUCUACAAUUGAAUCUGAAUUAAUUAACCUCUCUGAAUGCUUCGGGAAUACAAGAUUAGACGAAAAACUGGAUUAAAGUAUACAAUUUCAUCCUGAUAGGAAUAUGAGCUAACCUCAACAUGAGCUAUAACAAGAAAGUCGCAUACUUUUACAACCCGGAGGUGGGUAAUUUCCAUUACGGACCGGGCCAUCCUAUGAAGCCCCAUCGAUUAUCUGUGAUCCACAGUCUGGUGCUCAACUAUGGUCUCCAUAGGAAGAUGCAAAUUUAUCGUCCGUACCGUGCCAGUACCCACGAUAUGUGUCGCUUCCAUUCAGAGGAUUAUGUGGAAUUUUUGCAACGCGUCACUCCACAGAAUUUGCAAGGCUUUACAAAGUACCUGAGUCAUUUUAACGUGGGCGACGAUUGUCCCGUGUUUGACGGCCUCUUCGACUUUUGCUCCAUGUACACUGGCGCAUCAUUAGACGGUGCUACUAAGCUGAAUAACAACUGUUGUGACAUUGCCGUGAAUUGGAGUGGCGGUUUGCAUCACGCCAAGAAAUUUGAAGCGUCUGGCUUUUGCUAUAUCAAUGAUAUCGUGAUCGCUAUAUUAGAAUUGCUUAAGUACCGCGCCCGAGUGCUGUACAUUGACAUCGACGUUCAUCACGGAGACGGCGUACAAGAGGCCUUCUACUUAACUGAUCGCGUCAUGACCGUAUCAUUUCACAAGUACGGCAAUUACUUCUUUCCCGGUACCGGCGAUAUGUACGAGAUCGGCGCCGAGAGCGGCCGAUAUUAUUCGGUAAAUGUACCGCUCAAAGAAGGGAUCGACGAUGGAUCAUAUAUUCAGGUCUUUAAGCCAGUCAUAUCCCACGUGAUGGAGUUCUUUCAGCCGACGGCGAUAGUGCUUCAAUGCGGUGCCGAUUCCCUUGCGAAUGAUCGACUCGGUUGUUUCAGUCUCAGUACGAAGGGUCACGGCGAGUGCGUGAAAUUCGUGAGGGAUUUGAAUGUACCGUUAUUGACUGUCGGCGGUGGUGGUUACACAUUGCGAAACGUCGCUCGAUGUUGGACCUACGAAACUUCUUUACUCGUUGACGAGCAAAUCAGCAAUGAGCUACCAUACACCGAGUACUUGGAGUACUUCGCGCCGGACUUUAGUCUACAUCCCGAAGUCGUGACCAGACAGGACAACGCCAACAGUAAGCAGUACUUGGAAGCGAUCACGCGACACGUCUACGACAAUCUUAAAAUGAUUCAACAUUCGCCGAGCGUGCAAAUGCAGGAUGUCCCAUGCGACGCGUUGCCGCCCGAAGAGGAGAGACAACCAGAACCGGAUCCGGACUCGCGACAAAAUGCACAGGAUACAGACAAGAUUGUAGAGCCUGCGAAUGAAUAUUACGCUGGUGAUAAAGAUCAGGACAAAUUAGAUGUAAACGAUUCGUGAUAAAGAUAGUAUAAGAGACUAUGAAGCUGUUCAAAAAUAUUCAAUUCGAUCUUUCGUAUGAUGCACAGAUCAUAUGCGAGAUUGGAAUUUGAUAUUAAUUAAUCGACAACCUGCCAUAUUUAAAUAAUCUUUUUUUACCUUUGAUUUCAAGAUAAUAAACUUGAUAAACUAUUACUUAGCAUAAAAUCUGAACUUUUUCGAGAUUUUUUUAUUCAUUAGACAUGACUAACGAGUAUUACUGAAUGCAAUAUGUGAGGCAGAUAUGACGCAGAUAUAUAAAAGAAUUGUACAUAUAAAUAUUCAUUUUGUAAUAAUAAUAAAACAUGCAUAUUUUAGUCAAA